ACCAAAGCUGACUCACAGUCUGAAACCAAUGACACGGUUAACGCAACAUACUGCAAAGUUUGCGACCAAACAGUACAUGAUAAUGACAAGGCAGUUGCCUGCGAUUGUAAUGACUGGUACCAUACCAAAUGUGCUCUAAUAUCAACCAAACAAUACAAAGCUCUGGAAAAAAAUGAAUUUCCACUGACAUGGAUUUGUAAAACCUGCUAUCACAUGCAAAAAAAACACCAAAACACCCAAUGGUAUGUUCACAGCUUACUACAUAGACAGGACGCACCAAAAACCUACAUCGAAGAGAUGAAUGAAGCUUUAAAAUUCAUGUGUGACGAACUAAAUAUUAAUUUUAUAGAUAUUACUACAACUUUUAACCAAAACCUAUAUGCAAGCGACGGUAUCCACCCGAAUACCGAAGGAAACAAAGUGCUGACCGCACACCUGAACAACAUUCUAGGCCUGCCAACUCUAUCAGAGAACAACCAGAAAGAAAAUAGGCCUACUCAGAGGAACUACACCAGGAAAGAGGACAAAAAAAUUCCAGAAAGGGACAACACUACGGAGGGAGGCUUAACCAGACAAACAGAAACCCCUAAGCCUAAUGACAUCCAUCAAAUUAUGACACCUAAGGAAGAUGUGACUCUUACUGAAACAGCAGCACACCAUUCGCUACAUAACCAACAAACCGAGACACCAAAAAAUCAAACUGCAAAGGAAGACUCCCAACACCCAAACGAGACCACUCUACAAAUACCCCUAGAACCAUAGCUCACCUAAAAUCACCACCUACACUCAUCAGGAACAAAACUACCAAUAACUCCAACUCAAAACCGCAAAAAAAGACAGAUAGGACUGAUAGGCCUACCUUAAAAAUUUAUCACCUAAACAUCCAGAGAGGGCUACAGAGUAAAAUAGACAGGCUACAACUAGAAAUUCAAAACCUCGAUCCAGACAUUCUAAUAAUUUCAGAACAUGGUGAAAAAAAAGAAAACCUAAAAAUAACAAACAUUCCAAAUUACAUUUUAAUAACAGAAUUCUCAAGAAUAACACAUAGAUGGGGAGGAAUAGCAAUUUUUUGCAAGGAAAACAAUGUCGACAUCCUAAAAAUCCGAGAAAUCAAUACGCUCACCUUCUGUGAAGAACAAUCUUCAGAACUUGUAGGAAUUGAACUACCCGACUUCAAGACUGUAAUUAUUGGUGGAUAUAGAUCCCUGAACCUGAACACUUUUUUUGAAAAUUUCUCAAACUUACUUUCCACAAUAUCUCACAAGAACAGAAAGAUAAUAGUGAUGGGUGAUUUAAACAUAGACCUAUUUAAAGAUAACGAAACUGAAACAAAAACUCUUUUAAAUAUAUUAGCGGAACAUAACCUGAAACCAUCGGAACUACCUCCAACCAGAAUAACAACCACAUCAAAAACUUGUAUAGACCUUUGCUGUACUAACAUAAACAAGGAGGACCUUGAAGUAAAAACCCAUAGUAACUCAAUAUCUGACCAUCAAGCAAUUACCUGCCAACUAAAGAUAGGACACAAAAAACCUAUAGCACCCAUAAAAAGACAAAUUAGAAUAACAUCUCCAGCAAAUCUAGACGAACUCAGAGCAUCCCUCAAAAAUCAAGAUUGGUCUACUGUCUUUUCUAAACAAAUUGUGGAUGAAAAGUAUGAUGCCUUUAUAAGAAUUUUACAAUACAAAAUCGAAGAAAUUAUGCCUAAACAGUACAAAACUUUUCACCGUAGCAAGAAAAAAAAGAUAUUCUGGAAUGAUAAACUUACUAGACUGAAAAACUUACUCCAACUAGCAGAACAUAAAUACUUACUCUCAAACAGGGUUGAGGACAAACUCUCGUACGUUAAAAUGAAAAGAGCAUAUGACUUAGAAGUCAAAAUCCAAAAAUCAAAUGCUGUUGUCCAGAAAAUAAAAAAUGCGCCCAACAAAAACAAAGAACUCUGGAGCACCAUAAAUAAAGAAAGAAAUGCGGACAGGAAAAUUAAAGAGGAAAUAAAUCUUAUCAGCAAUGAAAAACUGACUACCGACCCAACCCACAUCUGUAACCUUUUAAACGACCACUUUAUUACCCUCGGAAAACCACGCCAAACUCUGCACAAUAGGACCUCAACCACCCCAAAACCGAAAUCCAAACCCAAUCUGCCACAACAACCCAGAGCCGACUCACUAGCAAACUUUAACAAGAUAACCAAAAAGGAACUUGAACGAAUAUUUGACAAUCUACCGCCUAAAAACUCUUCUGGACUAGAUCAAAUAUCUAACAAAAUGAUCAAACACUGUAAAAGGGAAAUAAUCACACCACUCUUACAUAUCAUCAAUACAUCUAUAGAACAAUCUAAAGUCCCCAAAUCAGCAAAAAUUGCCUUAGUUUAUCCCAAAUUUAAGAAGGGUGAGAAAACCUGCAUCUCAAAUUACCGGCCAAUAUCUAUCCUACCCACGCUCUCAAAAUAUAUAGAAAAGGCAAUACAUAAUCAGCUCAUCACAUACCUGGAGGACAAAGGAAAGUUCACCCAAUCACAGCACGGCUUCAGACAUGGCAGAUCAACAAAUACAGCCCUUGCAAACCUAUGCGAGGACAUAACAUCAAUCUGGGAAAAAAAACUCCAAGCAACAAGCAUUUUUCUAGACAUAGAAAAAGCCUUCGAUAGCUUGAAUAGAGAAAUACUAGUUGAGAAACUUCAAGAACUAAAUAUCACCCAUAAUGCUUUAAUCUGGCUCCAAAAUUACAUGACAGACCGACAACAACUUGUAGAACUAGAAUACACUAAAAAAAACUAUGAAAUCAAAUACAGAUCUGAACUUCGAGAAACCUAUCAAGGAAUACCGCAAGGAUCAAUACUUGGCCCGAUCCUCUUCUUAAUAUACAUAAAUUCUUUUCCGAAUGACCUAUCUAGUGAUAGCUCCUGCAUAAUGUUUGCGGACGACACUACCAUAAUUACACCAACAAACUCCAACACCCAAAAGGAAAAAAUAGAAGAAACACUUCAAACUUCAAUAGCCACCUGCAACUCAUUAGACCUAAAAAUAAAUCAACAAAAAACAACAGUUUUAAACUUCACUUCUAACAGCCAGAUACAGGAAGGAAAUGAAAAACGAAACGCUAAAUUUCUCGGAAUCACACUGGACAACCGAUUAACAUGGCAUGACCAUAUUGAAAAUCUGGACAGUAAACUAUCCCAAGUUGUAUAUGCUCUAAGGAGAAACAGGAAGAUCACAAACAAAGAGAUCUGCAAAACGGCAUACCACGCUCUCUUCUCCUCACACAUUAGAUAUGGCAUAAUUGCAUGGGGCUCUGCCAAUGAAACCGACCUGAAAAAAAUACUAGUACAACAGAAAAAAGCCAUCAGAAUCCUGGAACAAGUUGAUCGGGAAGAACACUGAAAACCUCUCUUUGUCAAAAACCAGAUCCUCACCUUAACAUCCUUAUAUCUUUACGAAACCAUCCUUUUUAUCAAAUCAAACCCACCUCAACUCAGAAUAAACUGUCACGAACACAACCUCAGAGUAAAAUCAAACUUUAAUCUAAACCAACACAGACUAACGAAAACCAGCAAAACACCAAAUUACAUGGGAAUAAAACUAUACAACAUCUUACCCAACAAACUUAAAGACAUAAACUUGCUCUCUAACUUCAAAAAACAGCUGAAACAAUACCUCUUAAAUCGACCUUAUUACACAAUUACAGAAUAUCUAGAAGAACAUAAAUUUCCUACAAAAUAACACUCAUCAUACAAAUCACACAUUCAACCACACUACAACACUACACACAAUCAAGAAGCUAGCAAGAAGAAAGAUGAGAAAAAAAUUGACAAUUCCCCGGUCUCCAAGGACUGCGGCGAAGACUUCGAUGGUAAAUGAUAUUACAAAGACAACCACAGAAUUCAGUUGGUUACAAAAUAUGUAGCCUACAAUCUAAUGGUGUAAUGUCCAGUCUAGCGCUUUGACCUUAUUGAAGAGGGUCACAAUGUUGUAAAAGUGUUAAGGAAUAUGUGAGAAUGUUUGAAAGGCUGAAUUGAUGAUUAUUUAACGCCAUCAUGUAUCUAAGAGCGAUUCAAGUAAUCGACAUAGUUGAUACCAAACUUAGAGAUGAAGGAAAAAUAGAAGAAGUGCGGAAAAUAAGAACAGUCCACAAAUUUGAAAACCAGCCUAGUCUAGAAGACGUGUUACUGGACGAUGGUGUUAAGGACUUGCCCAUUUUGGUAUUUUCCAUUGCCGGUUUAACCAAUGGAGGCAAAUCUCUCCUCCUCAAUCUGAUGAUUCGUCAUCUAGAAAACCAGAGCCAUGCUGGUUGGCAAAGUAACACAGUUCCUCACAGUUUUCCUUGGAAAAAUAGCUGUGAAAGUGUCACUCGAGGGCUCUGGAUAUACCCUAAAAUAUUCAAACUUAGAACUGGUUCUAAUGACGACGUGGGGAUUUUGUUGCUGGACACUGAAGGGAUGUACGAUGGAGAAGCAACAGACGGUGAAUUCACUUCUAUUUUAGGAAUAUCUGCGGUCAUCAGCUACCGACAAAUGUUUAACGUGAACGAGCGCAUUACAACCAAAGACUUGGAGGGCAUUGUUUGGUAUCUAACCAAAGGAGUCGAUGAUCAAUUGAACUCUGAAGAGAUGAAACAAUUUGAAACAGACUACAAUCUUUUGUUUGUUGUGAGGAACUGGACUGAUAUCGACUCUUAUCCAUAUGGAAUGAAAGGGGGUGAAAAUUAUUUCACAAGUCAGAAAAUUAAGGGCACAAAAGAAAACAAAUAUCUGUGGGAAAUGGUAGGUAAGACAUUCGCCAAUGUUGAAUGUGUUCUUCUACCUGAUCCAGGGAGUCAAGCAAAAAAAAAAGAAUUCAACACAACGGGAUCUUUGGAAUUGCUUGAUAAGGAGUUUUUACCAGAAGUCAACAAAUUUGUGGAAUCCUUAUUUGAACCAGACAAUCUUAUUCCACCGCAAAAAUGUGUUACUGGACAGGACUUGUACAAAAUUCUGACAGAUAUCGAUGGGACUGUUCCUGAUGAAUCCAUGUCGUUUAUUAACUUGCGUACUUCCCAAGUGAACUCUGCUCUAGUGGAAGAAUGGAAGAGUAGUUUUAAAUCAGCACUUGAUAACAUUGCAUUUUCUGGACUCAGUGGAGCAAAAUUACAGAUGAGCAAAAUCUUGGAGGAGGCUGAAAAGACCCUCACAGGAAAUUCGGCAGACUUAAAAAUGAAAGAACUGAAAAGGGCAUUGCACGACAUGUUCAACAAGAAGGUCGUAGCCAUAUGUUUUCUAAGGUAUACAAAUAAUUUUCACAGUGAAGUCAAUAUAAAAAAGCAGCAUUUAGGUGUUUGGGAUGAUGUGAAACAAACUUUCCACAAAUUAGUUUGUGGGAAUAUUACUACCAUAGAUGAUGCUUAUCGCUUGUUUGUAAAGAGAACAGCAACACACUACUACCAACUUCUUUGUGAAGAAUGUAAGAGAGAAUUCUAUAAUAUUUGUUCCUCUAAAGAAACACUUGCUGAAUGUGCUGGUUUGGAUGAGAAAGGAAUUAAACAUUUUGAGGAAUGUGUUGAUUUUACUACUGAUAUAAACAACAAAGAAGACAUAUACCCAAUAUGGUUAAAGGGUUUUAACAGUUUGAAAAAGGAGUUUACCGACACCCUGCUAAAGCGAGUGGGGACAUUGGCCAAAAUAAGUAUCGACAGUCUGAAAGAACUCCAGAGGAAACAGUAUGAGCAUUUUGAAAAUUUUACUUUACUAAACAAAGAUGAGACAAAUUUUGACUGUUUUUCCCAGGAAGAGGUAAAAAUAACUCUUGCCAAAAGAGUUGGUUAUGCAAUGUUUGGCCUUCCAGAGUCCAUAAAUGUAGUCUUGUCCCAAAAGACCACAAACUCAAACACUGAGAAUGUAACUGGAGGAAAAGAUAAGACAGGUUACUCCAAAGAUAAAGAAUCCAAAAUUUGGCCAGUAGUAGAAAAAAUAAAAAAGUUGAGCUCUACCCCAGUGAGAUUUUCAUGUGUCUUUGUGGUUUAUGCUCAAGGUCAAGAUAUUUCCAGUGUUCCAGUGUUCAGAUUUCACAGUGCAAAAAGCAACAACAUUCAGUAUUUGGAUUCAAACUGUAGACUCUACACAGGAUGGGAUGACUUUUUACAAUCAAACAGGCUACCUGACAAAUUGUAUAGCUAUCCUUUGAAUGGCAGGUAUAUCAAAUCUGAGGGGUUCUGGAUUGGAUUUGCACAUACACCUGCUUCCAAACCAUCAGCAAAAGUUUUGAAUACACUUGACAAAGUCGGUAAAUGUGUAAACUUUGGUGCCGGAGUAGCAGGUGGCGUAGCUGCAUUUGGAUUAGCAACAACAGUAUUGGUUCCUGUUGCUGUGGUGGGAGGUGCAGUUGGAGGUGUAUAUGGACUUGUCAGAGGGAUUAAGAAGAUAAGGAAUAAAAAGGAUCAUGAUGAACCAGUCAAAAUAAAAGACUACUGGAAUGUAGCAGCAAACGGUUUUGCUGCUGUUGGAGGUAUAGCAGCGGCAGCAGGUCGCGGUUUGACAGUAGCAGCAGAAGCAACUAUAAAUCUCGCUGGCCGGGUUGCUGCAGGAGUUGCGAGCUUUAAUUCUUUAACCAUCUUGUGUACUGAUACUAAAGAUGCAGAAGAUUUGAUUAAUUUGAUUGCUACAUUUGAAAACUCCUCUCUGAAAAUGUUAUUUUAUUUUGGCACUACUUGCACAGACGAUGUAUUGGAUUUCAUUCAAAAGAGUUUGAAUCUGACAAAUAAGGAAGCAGACAAAAUUUUGUUGGCUCUAAUGGAAAAUAACUGUAUUCAUUCUGAAGUUGAAACUGAAUCUGGAGUAAGGUUAGAAAAAUAUAUUUCUCAGAAUACAUCAUUACUUGUUACAAGUAUUUUAAGAGUUAUCAGCACUGAUGUGAAAGAAAUUGUUUUCCAUUUCUUUCUCAUUAUGGAUGCAUUGAAACAGUUUGAUAAGGACAAUAGAUAUAUUGUAGCAAAAAAAGUAGAAGAAGCAAUGGAAAAACUUCUGGACAUUAUUUCAACAGAAAUUGUUGUUUCUAAAGUCAGAUUAUGUAAUGCUCUGUGUCAACACUUGCAUUCACCUUCAAAUGGUUCCAUUUCUUUCUUCAAAGAACUUGUUAAAAGAUUAAGCAUCGAAGAUGGCGAAGAUGGUUUUAUUUUAGCUUUUAGACACUUCUACUGUACUUUGAUAAAUGAGACGAGGAAGGCAAACAACUUCUUUAACGACAUUGAACAUGAGGCCAUCCCUUUGAAAAACUAUCAUGUUAGUGAUCUGCCGUGUCACCCACUUAGUGAGAUAUCACAUAAAGUUAAGGAAAUUGUGGAGCAAAACAAAUCUUCAGCAAACUUAAGCAAUUACAAUUCAAACGAACUGACGAAAUUCCAAUUUGAAGUGUUGAGUCUGCUCUGCUCUUUUUGGAAGGAUAGCAGUGAUCAAAACAGGUCGUUAUUUGAACUAGAAUGUUGUCUCUAUAAUAUAACAAAGAAAAUGUCAGAGCUGUUCAAUAGUUCACUUAACCACCACAAUCAACUUGUGACAGGAAAAGAAAAUCUAUCAUGCCAGGAUCUUGAGGAAAUAUUUAAAGAGAUGGAGCAUAAUUAUGGCUUGUGGGUGAGUGACAAAGUGUUUGAGGAAUUGGCUGGUGAUAAAGAAGCUGUCAAAAAUGUUUGUCCUGGUGAGCAAGUUGAAAAAGAUCUGAUUAUCUUGCCAGCAUGGAAUGGAAUUCUGGACAAUCUAUACUACUACCGCAGUACAAAACAAGAAAAUGACAAAUUCAAUUUAAUCAGGAAGAUCAAUAAAGUUCAUAAGGGAAAUUAUGAGGAACUCAACUACGGGGGCAACUUGACUUUUUAUGAACCAUCUGUUGAAGAAUUGCCGCUGUGGAUUGUUUACUCAAAGCUUUGUAACAAGAAUGACAAAACUGAAGAAAUAGGCUUUAUUUAUUUAUAUUUGUAAAGAGAAAAUCCAAACUAGUGAGUGAAAAUGAUACUAGAGAAUUAGUCCUUGCAUUUCUGUUUAGUCAUAUUUGUAUUGUUCUUAUAUGAACAUUUUAAAACCUUGAAAUGCAAAACUGUAUUUUAUUCACAAAUAAUUCAUACAGAAUGAUAAAAAAAACUAAAUUAGAAAAUAUUCUGUUGCCUAAAGCUUGUAUUCCUUGCAUUCAAUUUAUAUUUAGUAACAUUUGUAUUGUUCUAAUAUUAUAUUAAGAUUGUAAAAAGCUUGAAAUGCAAAACUGUAUAGGGGUUAUUCUGAAAUAAUUCUUAAAGCUUGAUAAAAAAUAAAGUUACCCAAAUCCUGUGCUUUUAUCUUCGAGGCCAAGGCUUAAGCUUCUUGUAAGGCUCUUAAAAAAAUCUAAAACGGGAACCACAAAGUUGUCUCUUCAGACAAAUUGCUAACUGUAUAUUCCUUGUUUCUAGGUGUACUGAAUGAAAUGUCAAUUAUUUAAUGUUUGAGUGCCUUACUACAAUAUUUUCAAAAGUGUUAACACAACUUAGAUAAAUAUACCUAUGGUUUACUCCAUCAAGGUUCAUUGUGACCCUUGGUUGGAAUAUAUUAUUGAUCAAAUAAAAUAAUUACCUUAUCCAACCACAGUUUUCAUACGACUAGUUUCGUUCCGUAGAACUUCGUCAGGUCAUUGGUAUGCAAAACAUUGUGGUAUGUCAAUACACAGUCACAAUAAUUAAAACUAGUCAUGUUGAAAAAGUUAUAAAAUGUAAUAAUACCCCCGCCGCAGCAAACCUGCAGACUAAGCGAAUUUCCAUUUGCCUGAUUGGAUUUACACUAAAAUGUCUCCUUAAAAAUAUCACAUUUAUCCCUAUUUAAAUAGAAUCAGUUUAACACAUACUUAGGUUUGCUGCAACAGGGAGGGUAAAUGUGUUUUUUUAUGUAAAAUGUUAAUUGUUAGUAAGAAAUAAAAAGAUGAUCCAAAUUUGGGCAAAAUAUGUUAAUAAACAAGCAAACUACAACAGUUUACUUAUUCUCCAUAAGAAUAACAUGGGAAUUUUAAAUUUUGCAAUUUUUUGGAAUUUUCUCCGUAACCA